AAUUCCAUUGAAUCAUUCCAAUGUCGUUCAGUAACUAUAGAAAAUCAUUUAAAAUGUCGAAAUUAUUGAAUGGGUUUCAUAAUGGCAACGUUGCCAUUGCGCCGGAAUUGGUUGAAUCUCAACCGCAAAUUGUGAAAAAUGUUUUGAAAACCCGCAGACCAAGUGGAAAGUUUUGGAUACUUUCCAUGAUUAUUGAACGCAGCCGUCCCAAAGGCAAUCAUGAAUUAGAAGACGCUGAAACGUCUUUGGAAACCCCACUGCAGUAUGAACAACAACCUUUGGAGGAACAAGUUUGUCUCUUGCGUGACAGUCCAUUUAGAAUAUUAAGGGCAGCUGAAGCUGGAAAUCUAGACGAUUUCAAACGUUUAUAUCAAGCCGAUAAUACACGUUUAUCUCUACAAGAUGGCAAAGGACGUACGGCUGCACAUCAGGCGGCAGCCCGUAACCGGGUUAAUAUUUUACGUUAUAUGAGAGAUCAAAAUUGUGAUUUCAAUAUCAGGGAUAAUGCUGGCAAUACACCGUUACACAUGGCCGUUGAGUGUGAUUCAUAUGAGGCCUUGGACUUUUUACUAUCAGUACCCGUUGACACCAGCAUACUCAAUGAAAAGAAACAGGCUCCCGUACACUUAGCUACCGAACUGAACAAAGUCAAAUCGUUAAGAGUGAUGGGCAAAUAUCGUAAUAACAUUGACAUACAACAGGGAGGAGAACAUGGACGUACCGCCUUACAUUUGGCCGCCAUAUAUGAUCACGAGGAGUGUGCCAGAAUCUUGAUAACUGAAUUUGGUGCAUGUCCUCGUAAACCCUGCAACAAUGGCUAUUAUCCCAUACAUGAGGCGGCCAAAAAUGCCAGCUCAAAAACUAUGGAAGUCUUUUUUCAGUGGGGAGAACAGCGCAACUGUACACGCGAAGAAAUGAUCUCAUUUUAUGAUUCGGAGGGUAAUGUUCCCUUACAUUCAGCCGUUCAUGGUGGCGAUAUUAAAGCGGUGGAAUUGUGUCUUAAAUCUGGAGCAAAAAUCUCUAAGCAACAGCAUGAUUUAUCAACACCCGUACAUCUGGCAUGUGCACAGGGUGCCAUAGAAAUUGUCAAACUUAUGUUUGCCAUGCAACCUCAGGAAAAGAAAAUCUGCCUAAGCUGUACGGAUGUUCAAAAAAUGACUCCCCUACACUGUGCCUCCAUGUUCGAUCAUCCCGAUAUAGUGGAAUUUCUGGUCAAGGAGGGGGCCGACAUUAAUGCCUUAGACAAGGAACAUCGAUCACCACUACUGUUGGCAGCUUCUCGCUCCGGCUGGAAAACCGUACAUUUACUUAUACGUCUAGGCGCCAAUAUAAGCAUUAAAGAUGGCUGUUCGCGCAACGUUUUACAUUUGGUCAUAAUGAAUGGUGGUCGUUUGCAGGAGUUUGCCGAAGAAGUCAGCAAGACACAGUCCAAGGAACAAUUGGAACAGCUACUCAAUGAGAAGGAUAAUACCGGCUGCUCACCGUUGCACUAUGCCAGCCGUGAUGGUCAUAUACGUUCAUUGGAGAAUCUUAUACAACUGGGCGCCUGUAUUAAUUUGAAAAAUAACAAUAACGAAAGUCCAUUACAUUUUGCCGCACGUUAUGGCCGCUAUAAUACGGUGAAACAAUUGUUGGACUCGGAAAAGGGUUCUUUCAUAAUCAACGAAAGUGAUGGUGAAGGUUUGACACCAUUGCAUAUAGCCUCUCAGCAGGGUCAUACUAGAGUGGUGCAGUUACUCUUGAAUCGUGGUGCUCUAUUGCAUCGUGAUCACAAUGGUAGAAAUCCUUUGCAGUUGGCCGCCAUGUCAGGCUAUACGGAGACCAUCGAAUUGUUGCAUUCAGUGCAUUCACAUUUGUUGGAUCAAGUCGAUAAGGAUGGGAACACCGCCCUACAUUUGGCCACCAUGGAAAAUAAACCACAUGCGAUAUCUGUCUUACUAUCCAUGGACUGUAAAUUAGUAUAUAAUCGCAUGGAUCUUAGUGCAAUUGAUUAUGCCAUUUACUAUAAAUAUCCUGAAGCUGCUUUAGCCAUGGUAACACACGAGGAAAGAGCUAAUGAAGUCAUGGCGUUGAAAUCCGACAAACAUCCUUGUGUGACAUUGGCCUUGAUUGCCUCAAUGCCAAAGGUUUUUGAAGCGGUUCAGGAUAAAUGUAUUACAAAGGCGAAUUGUAAAAAAGAUUCAAAAAGUUUUUAUAUAAAAUAUUCAUUUUAUCCACUACAACUAUCGCCCGAACAACUUGAAGCGAAACGCGAACAAAACAAUGAUCCAACAUGGCGGGAACCACCAUUGGCUGUGGUUAAUACAAUGGUUAAUCAUGGUCGUGUUGAAUUAUUGGCUCAUCCUUUAAGUCAGAAAUACUUGCAAAUGAAAUGGAAUUCGUAUGGAAAAUAUUUUCACUUGGCAAAUCUUUUAAUCUAUUCAAUAUUCCUGUUAUUUGUAACCAUCUACUCGUCGCUUAUGAUGAAUGGCAUCAAGGUGCAGAAUCGUACGAAGAGUGAAGCUAUAAAUUUUAUUUUGUAUCGUUUUAAAUUUAGUUCCGAUUUUAUUGACUGUACUUUAAGCUCUAAUAUACGUUUCUUAAACUACAGUGAGAGCAAUAAUUGUUACGAGCGUAUUGAACAGUCUACGGCCAUUGUGGUUUGCGCAGUGGCCAUUAUUGUUUAUAUUACCCUGACUUCAUUGCGCGAAUUGAUCCAAAUGUAUCAGCAGCGUUUGCAUUAUAUUUUGGAAAUUGUUAAUUUAAUUUCUUGGAUUUUAUACAUAUCAACUUUAAUAAUGGUUAUACCGGUGUUUAAGGCAGACGGUGGCAUUACGAAUGUUCACUAUUCGGCAGCAUCCAUAUCGGUGUUUUUAUCAUGGUUUCGUUUGUUGUUAUUUUUGCAGAGAUUUGAUCAGGUUGGAAUUUACGUGGUCAUGUUUUUGGAAAUUCUACAAACAUUGAUCAAAGUGCUGCUAGUAUUCUCAAUACUGAUAAUUGCAUUUGGUUUGGCAUUUUAUAUACUCCUAUCAAAGAUCUUAGAUCCCCAACCAAAUCACUUGAGCUUUUCAAAUAUACCCAUGUCUUUGUUGAGGACCUUCUCAAUGAUGUUGGGUGAAUUGGAUUUUGUGGGUACUUAUGUCAAUACAUACUAUAAUAAUCAAUUGAAGGUUCCCAUAACAUCAUUCUUAAUAUUAAGUGUCUUUAUGAUUUUAAUGCCGAUUUUGCUCAUGAAUCUACUCAUCGGUUUGGCGGUUGGUGAUAUUGAAUCUGUACGGCGUAAUGCCCAGUUAAAAAGAUUGGCCAUGCAGGUGGUUUUACAUACUGAAUUGGAAAGAAAAUUACCCCAAAUGUGGUUGCAAAAAAUUGAUAAAAUGGAAUUGAUUGAGUAUCCCAAUGAAACCAAGUGCAAAUUGGGCUUCUUUGAUUUUAUAUUAAGAAAAUGGUUUUCAAAUCCCUUUACCGAGGAUACCUCCAUGGAUGUUUUGCAGUUCGAGAAUAACGAUGACUUCAUCAACACCGAAUUGGAGAAGCACAAACGUAAAUUGCGCGACAUUAAUCGCAUUUUGGAACAACAGCAUCAAUUACUACGUUUAAUUGUGCAAAAAAUGGAAAUUAAAACCGAAGCCGAUGAUGUGGAUGAGGGUGUAUCGCCCAAUGAUCUACGCAACAGUGGCAGCGGUAGUGGCUCUUCAAGCGGCUCACGUUGGACCUCACCACGCAUACGCAACAAGUUGCGAGCGGCCUUAAGUUUUAAUAAGGGCAUUUAGGAGAUAAGGAAGCGGCGGCUAAAUACUGCUAUUAUUAUUUAGUUAUAAAGAUGGAAAGUUUAAAACUCGAUAUCUGCUGCAAACUAUAAAACAAAAACA